UUGACAUAAUCGCAGAAACGUAACCCGCAAAGUAAAUCCGACGCAAAAUUCUAGUACCGUUGCAAUAAGUGUAUAUUUCUUCUCUAAUCCAAUAGCUUAACGGAUCUUUGCUAAAUUUUUGAACAUAAUCGUUAGCCCUAGUCUGAAUACAGUUCACUAAAAUUCUCCCAGAAUAUCAAUUUAUUACCAAUAUUUUUGCGCUAAUCCCUACCAGCUGUCGCAAGCAUCGUAUAGUCAAAAUUUGGCAGUUCACUGACAGCUGUCAAUUUUAUGUCCAUUUCCGUUUCUUUCUACUGACAACAACAGCAAGAUGAAAAUCGGAUUGUGUUCAUUCAGUGGGUACAAAAUCUACCCAGGACAUGGCAAGACCAUGGUCAAGGUUGACGGUAAGACUUUCACUUUCCUCGACAAGAAAUGCGAACGCUCCUACCUGAUGAAGCGCAAUCCGCGUAAGGUCACUUGGACCGUUCUGUACCGUCGCAAGCACCGUAAGGGUAUAGAAGAAGAAACCACUAAGAAGCGUACCCGGCGCACACAAAAGUUCCAGCGUGCCAUUGUCGGUGCUUCGCUUGCCGAAAUCAUGGCCAAGCGCAACAUGAAACCCGAAGUGCGUAAGGCCCAACGCGAUCAGGCUAUCAAAGCCGCAAAGGAACAAAAGCGCGCUGCUAAGACUGCAAAGAAGGCUACACAGCCUGCUGCGCCUAAGGCAAAGGCUGCACCCAAGCAGAAGGCCGCUAAGGUGACACAGAAAUCUGCGCCACGCGUUGGAGGCAAGCGGUAAAUUUCGAUUGCAUUCAAUUGGCAUUGUCGGUAGCAGUAUGUUGUGGCUUGUAAACGCAUUUGGGGCAGGAAUUAUAAGAUAAUAUACUACUGUGGAAGGAAGUGAAAAAAAAUAAACGGACGAAUGAAAAUUUGUGCGAAUAAACAAAAGUGA